CGGUCGAGCGGCUCAUUCGAUCGCCAAGCGCUUUAGCGAAAGCACAACCAACAUUUCUCAGUCACCAUGGAUAUAGUACAAAAGUCAAUCUUCAACAGCGGCCCAGUCAGAGGGAUAUACGAGCCGCCAGUCGGCUACUACACGCCGUACAACACUCCGCCGUACAUAGCUGCCUAUUCGGAUUCCGGUAGUUGGUUACCAGCCCCAGAUCAUCAUCAUCAGCAGCAGCAGCAUCAUCAGCAGAUGCAGCACAUCAGGUUCCCCACUCCGCCAGUCACCCCGCCGCGUCCUGUUGCCGGAUACGGAUACCACCACCAGCGCACCCAGUCCGUGAUCAUGAAGGCCCAGGGGCAGCAGGACGACCUCUGCAGGAGUCCCGAGGAGUUCCCCACCGACGACACCAAGUCCUGCAGCAGCGGCAGCGAGUGCGGCACAGCCAGUGACUUUGUGUGCAACUGGACCGAAUGUGAUAGGAUUUUCGACACAUUGGAGGCACUGGCGCAGCACGUGACCCAGCGGCACGCGAUCGCCUCCCUCACAGACGGACUCUACUACUGCCGCUGGAGAGGAUGCCAGCGCAGCGAGCGGGGAUUCAAUGCCCGCUACAAGAUGCUCGUCCAUACCCGCACCCACACGAAGGAGAAGCCGCACCGGUGCCACCUGUGCGAGAAGUCCUUCUCGCGGGCAGAGAACCUCAAGAUCCACAUACGGUCGCACUCCGGCGAGAAGCCGUACAAGUGCAGCUUCGAGGGCUGCCAGAAGGCGUACUCGAACUCCUCGGAUCGGUUCAAGCACACCCGCACCCACUCCAUGGAGAAGCCGUACAUGUGCAAGGUGGCCGGCUGCCAGAAGCGCUACACGGAUCCCUCGUCGCUGCGGAAGCACGUGAAGACGUUCAAGCACAGCAUCCACCUGAUCGCCAGCCAGCCUCUCAUCCUGCCCAGUCCCGCCUCCUGCCUGCUGGAGGCCAGCAGCGAGUCUUCCUUCACCUGCGUCCUGGAGUCCACCUGCUCCUCCUCCUCCACCAGCGCAGCCGCCGCCGCCCGCUACUAUGAUGACACCAACAAUGAGCCCAGUGACUACUCGCUGAAGUCCAAGCCGGAUGCGGAAUUCUCGCCAAGCUAUUGGCUUAGCGAACGGCAGCAUGGCUACCUCCAGAGCGAGGACUUCUUCGUUAAAAUGGACGUGGAGUCGCCGCUGGAUCUGCGCAUCCACAGAAUUUGAGCUGGCCCACCGCCUCUCCUUCCCCCAUCCCCAUCUAGUCAUUGUGCUGUCUUCCACCUCUAGUCACUAAACCUAGACAGACUAUCGUUUAACCUGAUUAAAGACUGUUGUAUUUGAA